AUGACUUCCCCCGGUAACCACCACGAUGAGCUCCCUACGCACCAGGAGUCCAACCCCCUCCUGUCGCUCGACACCACCAUGUUCUCCAAGGCUGGUUUCGACAUGGACCGCAUCCAGAUUAAGCGCAACAGCCCCGCUGCGCAGCUCUACGAGGAGGCCAUUAAGAAGGAGGGUGCCGUUAUUGCUUCCAACGGUGCUCUGAUCAACUUCUCGGGUAAGAAGACUGGCCGUUCGCCCAAGGACAAGCGUAUUGUCUACGAGGACACCUCCAAGGACGACAUCUGGUGGGGUCCCGUGAACAUCAAGCUCGACGAGCACACUUUCGAGAUCAACCGUGAGCGUGCCAUCGACUACCUCAACACCCGCGACGACAUCUACGUCUUUGACGGUUUCGCCGGCUGGGACCCCAAGUACCGCAUCAAGGUCCGUGUGAUUUGCGCUCGCGCCUACCACGCCCUGUUCAUGAACAACAUGCUUAUCCGCCCCACGGCCCAGGAGCUCGAGAACUUUGGCGAGCCCGACUUCACGAUCUACAACGCUGGUCAGUUCCCGGCCAACCGCUUCACUGCCGGUAUGACCUCGUCGACCUCGGUUGAGAUCAACUUCAAGCGCCGCGAGAUGGUUAUUCUCGGUACCGAGUACGCCGGUGAGAUGAAGAAGGGUGUCUUCUCGGUCAUGCACUACAUGCAGCCCGUCAAGUUCGGCCAGCUCUCGCUCCACUCGUCGGCCAACCAGGGCAAGGACGGUGUGUCGCUGUUCUUCGGUCUCUCGGGUACCGGUAAGACGACCCUCUCCGCCGACCCCCAGCGCCAGCUCAUUGGUGACGACGAGCACGUCUGGUCGGACACUGGUGUGUUCAACAUCGAGGGCGGCUGCUACGCCAAGACCAUUGGUCUCUCGGCUGAGAAGGAGCCCGAGAUUUUCAACGCCAUCCGCUUCGGCUCGAUUCUCGAGAACGUCACCUACGACCCCGUCACCCGCAUUCCCGACUACGAGGACGCGAGCCUGACCGAGAACACCCGCUGCGCCUACCCCAUCGACUUCAUCCCCAACGCCAAGAUUCCCUGCAUCUCGGACGAGCAGCCCUCGAACGUUAUUAUGCUCACCUGCGAUGCCUACGGUGUGCUGCCCCCGGUCUCGAAGCUCACCUCGGAGCAGGCCCAGUACCACUUCAUUGCUGGUUACACCUCCAAGACCCCCGGUACCGAGGACGGUGUCGUGGAGCCCUCGCCUACCUUCUCGACCUGCUACGGCCAGCCCUUCAUUGUGCUGCAGCCCCAGCGCUACGCGACCAUGCUUGCUGAGCGCAUGGCCAAGGUCAAGUGCAACGCCUGGCUCAUCAACACUGGCUGGACCGGCGGCAAGUUCGGUGUGGGCCGUCGCUGCCCCCUGAAGUUCACCCGUGCCAUCCUCAACGCCAUCCACGAUGGCUCGCUGGCCAAGGCUGAGUUCAAGACCUUUGCCCCUGGUGUCUUUGACCUCCAGGUGCCGACUCACGUCAACACCGUCCCCGACGAGCUCCUCGACCCCUCGGUCGCCUGGGCCGACAAGGCCGGCUUCGAGGCGGAGCUCAAGAAGCUCGCGGGCAUGUUCUCGGAGGCCUUUGUCAAGUACGAGAAGGACGUCAAGGCUGAGGUGCUCCAGGCUGGCCCCAGCUCGGCGCGCUCUUAA